GCUCAGCAGGCCGUGGUUUUUUGAACCCAGUGGCAUACGUUGUUCUUCUCUCGAUAUCAUUAAUUAGUUCUUUGUGCUUUCAAUACCAAAGUCGUGCGCUUUUUGAUAAAUUUUGCAAAGAUGGCUUCGUUACGCUUGACUACUGUGCUUGCUAUAGCAUCUUUCCUCGCUUCCGUCCAAGGAGCACCGUUAGCCCAGGAUGCUCAGAAGCACUGCUCAGCAACCUCACACUGGCCAGGUUGGAACAAACUCCAAUAUGCUUUCGUCUUUGGGGACUCUUACACGACGACCGGGUUCGAGACGAAUGGUACUCAGCCGACACCUACCAAUCCACUUGGGAAUCCUCCAUAUCCAGGCUAUUCUGCUACCAAUGGCCAAAAUUGGGUAGAUUUCCUCACAGUUAAAUAUAACAAAUCUACCGUCUUAACGUAUAAUUUGGCGUAUGGAGGAGCCACCGUCAACUCCGAUCUCGUAGCACCUUAUAAACCAGAAGUUUCAUCCAUUGCCAAUCAAAUCGAGAAUCAGUUCUUCCCCACUUACGCGGGAAAGCCAGAGAUAGCUCCAUGGUCGUCUGGGAAUACCCUCUUCGCUAUUUUCGACGGCAUCAACGAUGUUGGUAAUUCGUAUUUCCUUGGAGCUCCAGCAACUGCAAACCUCAACGAACGAAUUAUGGCAGUUUAUCACGGUCUCGUAGAUGAGCUCUACUAUAUCGGCGCUCGCAAUUUUGCAUUUUUGAAUGUUCCACCUGUGGAUAGAAGCCCGUUGUCAAUUUCUGGUGGAGCUGCAGCACAAGCCCAGGAAAAGCUUGACAUUGCCGAUUGGAAUAACCGUCUCGCGACACUUGCCCAAAGUCUUAAAAAAACCUUCACGGAUGUCAAUGUCUUCACCGUUGACGCUCACUCUCUGUUCACCAAAGUCUUAGAUAAUCCGAAGAGCUUUCCUCAAACAUCUGUCUACCAUAACACCACUGCUUAUUGCGUCGCGUACGAGAAUGGUACCCCGACGCCUAAUUAUAGCGAUCCAUCUUGUUACAUUCCUGUCAACGAGUAUUUCUGGUUGAACUCAUUGCAUCCUACUUAUCCUAUGCAUGACGUUCUGGCACAGGGGGUUGCGACAGUGUUGGAAUCAGGUCCAAAUGUUUGUUAGGAACUUCUUUAUAUGCAUCAUAGCAAGCUUCUGGAAUUCUUAUUUAGCACUGUAAUACGUACUGCUCUACUUGAUCAUCGUCUUCACGCCUUCCCGUACAAUGACGGCAAAAAGCUCUGUAUCCUGACCCUUCCAAUGCGGUUCUCUUCAACAUGUCACCUCAAUUUUACCUGCAGACCA